GCCUACGCUUGUUGCGUACACAGAUCUCUUCUACGCGGUUGCAUUGCCAGGAUUAGAUUUUCUCAGUAGUUCUGGAAAUGUUAUAGACACAGAUGAGUGACAAAUUAGUAGGAUAAGGUGACAGAGGCUUUUGUGGGCUACACUAUCAUUUUACGGUUGUGGUCUGGGAAAGAACGCAUAAUUACUGUCUCACGCACAAUACAGUUUCAGGACCUGGUUGCGUGUGUCGUAAGCGACCAGCGCAGCGACAUGCAGAUUAGCAGUUGACGUGCAGGAUUUGUAAAACACCGGUUAAAGCCAGGGUAUAGCAGUGUCGGGAUGUUCCGGGAGAUUGUCAGAAUGAUCACUUCGCAGUCCGCUUUUGAUUUGACGUCUAGAAAUCAGCAAUGACUUCAUCCAUUUAGAUCUCAACCAAGGCUGACUCUGGCGGAGAACACAAGAGAACCGUAACGUUAUUUUAGGCUAAUUGAGAAUAACGCGCGGGCUAUGUGGAUUUUGCGUCAAAUUUUCGAGAGACAAUCUUCGGGAUAUUGCGCAUUUAAGAACUUGGCCUCCUGUACUAGCUAUUUCAUGGAAAGAUGUUAAUAUUCCAACAAACCUUUACAUUAAUAUAUAAUUACCUAUCUUCCCAUUAGUUCCACGUUAACAACCAUUAGACAAAAUAAUGAGAAGGGCUUUUUUAAAACAUGCGAGAAGGUAUCCCUGGAUAACUAAUGUGACCUUGUAUGGAUGCUUGUUCGCUGGCGGGGACUUCACGCACCAAUGUCUUGCCCAGAAAGAAGAAAUUGACUGGAAUCAAACGCGAAACGUGGCUCUGGUAGCAUUCAGCUUCCAUGGCAACUUUAACUACUUCUGGCUACGGGGCUUGGAGCGGCGUUUUCCCGGAAGAUCCGCCGGGAUGGUACUUCGCAAACUGUUUCUGGAUCAAACGAUUGCAUCCCCGCUGGCUACGAGUGUCUUCUACACAGGGGUCAGUUUCUUAGAGGGCAAGGAGGACAUACUGGAAGACUGGAGGGCGAAAUUCCUCAAUACAUACAAGACUGGACUCAUGUACUGGCCGUUUAUGCAGUUCCUUAACUUCGUGCUGGUGCCGCAAUACCUGCGGACGGCGGUUAUGGGCUGCAGCGCCUUCCUGUGGGCCACGUUCCUGUGUUUCUCGCGCCAGAGUGGGGACGGCACGGUCACUGUCGCCCUGGCCUGGAUCCGGUCGCCCAGAGCCAAGCUCCCAGCUCCUGAAGCCCGCGAGGAGAAGUGACACGGGGCCGGGGCCAGCGAAAAACGUGCGGGUCGUGCCUUUAUUCUUCGAAAGAUACCUACAGAGCAGAAGUCUUACAUAUAUUACAGAAGGUGCACCCAGGGGACCAGGUCCUCACGCUUUCCCCCGAAGUUCUGACUAAAAAAUUGAACCACUUGUCACGUUUUCCCUAUACGUCACACAGGUUGGUUGCUAGAUUAACGCUGGUUGCUGCCUGUUUGUUCACAAAAUUGGCGAAGGAUGAAAAGGUUGCAACUGAUUAAAUUCCUCUGUCAAAAUUAAAGAUGGGGCACAUUGCUCUUAGAUUGAAUUCAGGCCUUUCUUAAAAUUCGCCUGUCACUAGUCAUUCUCCCUCUUAAUUAUAUGACAAUAUUGUGAUAAAUAACGCCAGCCAUAACCUUAACAUAACCAGAAUAAUGGUCUUCCUAAUCUUAGUUAUUGGUGUACUUGUGAAAAUCAAAUAAAACUCUUAGUUGUUUCCUUCAUGGAGAGUGCAGAGAUGAGCCAAAGCAACAUGGAACCAGACGCGUAGUUCAGGGACUUUAAAAACCCCACAUGCUCUAAUUACUUGAAAUGUUUAUUCGAACACAAUAGGUUGCCAUCAACCCAGACACCUUACACAUGAACAGAGAGGUAUGUCAUCGAGUAGCAUACCUUAAAAUAGGACAGUGUGUUCAGAGAACUUAUGUUAAAACAACUCAGAAAAUGUACGUGUGCCGUUUUAGCAGACGGCAAUUUAGAUUAUUAUGGUGUAACUCUAUUAGUUGAUGUAGAUAAUGCGGAACUUGGUGUGCUCGUUGAUACCAUUACAGACAGCAAUGCGAAGAUAAGAGUGACAUUAAGAGCGCGAUUAGCUACCCGUAUGGGGUAUCCGAUUUAGUUAUUUCGUGUGCUAAUCGUGUCUUUUAUUGCGAUUGGAUUUCCUGCUAGGGACCGCAGCGCUUACACAGCGAUUUUUUUUACUGUUGCGAUGCUAUGUGGAGAUGCCAGGGAUGGAAAAGGUGCGCUUUACUACAGAAUAUUUAAAAAUACAAAAACAUAUACUGGACAAAGUCUUUAUUACUUUGUUCACACAAUUUACUAACCGCCCAGGUCCCUUCUGUCUUCCAGAGAGAAAGGUUUAAAGUCUGAAACACGAACCAUGUGAUCGCAUUAUUCUAUCUCAGUUCACUUCCAACUUGAACGUUAAAUUGUUUCUUAAAUAUUAUCAAUAUAAAUAUUUAUAUGGGAGAAUAAAACCGGUCGAAUAUACUGAAAUACAAUA